AUGAACAAGGACAUUCGCUAUAAUCACUGCAAUAUUAUCAGCAAUAAUGUGUCCAAAAUACACGAUAAAUGGCUCACAGACUGGUCUCAAUACCCUGGCUUUCCAUACAUACCGGUGCUGACAGAAUGGGAACAUUGGGUGCUCAACAACGUGGACAUGGAUUACAUUCAUGAAUUUUGGUUCUGGCACUUGUAUUGCACCAAAGGCUUUAUGGCCACUAUAUGCCAGUCUGAUUACUACCCAGACAUCAGGGUACUAUUAUGGUACUACUUAUUUGUUUUGUCAAAAGUACCCGAACUCAUUGACACCAUGUUUAUUGUGCUGCGCGGCUCGAAGCUAAUUAACCUACACUGGAUACACCAUUGCCUAACCCUGGUAUACAGUUGGUACAGCAUUGGUGACCAACCGGCCACUACCCAGUGGAUGAUCACGAUGAAUUAUGGCGUACAUUCACUAAUGUAUACAUACUAUGCGUGUAUGGCCUGUGGUUGGCGGCUAUCCCGGCGCCUAAGCGUAUGCAUUACAAGCCUACAAGUCGUCCAAAUGAUGGCCGGAUUUUACAUUAAUUAUGUGGCGAUGAAUAGGAAACUUAAUGGUCAGCCGUGCGAUCUGUCACUACAUGUGGCCAAAACCGGGGUUACACUGUAUGCCCUGUUUCUGGUGUUGUUUAUGAACUUUUUUGUUAAAUCCUACUUGCUUAAACCACUAUCUGUUAAGCCCACUAGAGUCAAACGUGAUUAA